CCACAGAACUCCAACCCUGAUGACAUAUUACAAGUCCGGGAUCUAGUACUGAUGAUCACCGAGUUAAAGAUAUCCUAUUUUUCGAUGGUGCUUCACUUAGUUUGGCUUUGCAGACUUAAAUUCAGCCGUGCGAUACCGAUCCUCUUGCGCUUUUUGAUACACAAUUUUUUUCUGGACGAGUUCGCCUCCGCUCUGCUAUUUCUGGUGCUCGCAAGACGUCCCUCUAUUUUCAGGCUAUCCUAUCGUGAAGUACUUACUUAGUUUUCUCGUAGUACGCCUAUUGACUGUUGCAUGCGUACUGGGAUACUAGGACUCUCACAGCUAUGAUUAUCUAGCUGUUCGCAAACACAGGACUUAGAUAUUCGCACGUUAUCAUGGCCACUACGGGUGGUGCCACGAGCUCCUCACAUCGCGCCGGCGGACAGAACAACAUGGCGGUAAAUAAUAUGGUGGUAGACGGAAGCUGGAACCCUAACCAGCACUGGACGGGCGGCAAGCAGCACAAUGGCUUUCGAAAAAACAACAAGCGAAACAACUACCGAGGGAAUAAGAGAAAGGACCACAACAACUAUCACGGCAACUCUGCUAACCCGGUUGCGGAGCUGAGAGGAAAGUUGGAAGACAUUUUUUUCCCCGGCCGCGCUGGAGUGGAAGCAGCAUCCGCUGUAAGCAGCAGGACCAACACUAAUCCUGCUGCGGAAGGUGUCUUCUCCGCCGAAGCAGGAACGAUUUCUGAUGAUUAUCAGAGCCAACUCGGCACGCAGCUGGCAAAUCUGUUCCAAGUGAUUACCCUGAAACCAUCGUUUUUCGUGUGCAAGAUACUCGCCGAGUUUCUAGCGGAGCAUGUUGCACUUUGCUCGCAUCAGCUGUUUGCUGGUAAAACUCUUAAUAACGGCGCGAGCAGUGCCAGCAAGAGAAGUUUUCCUCACGCCAAGCAAUUCGCCGACAUGCUUGGAGAACACAUAUUUUUUCUGCAAACCGCAAAGCAGGAAGAUCAAAUGCAGGAGCGGAGUACUAAGAGGACAAGCAGCAAAGGCAGGGCAAAGAUCCUGAAUUUGAAUAUUGGCAACAGACAGGGAACAUCAAUGGCAAUGUCUGUGCUUAGCAACAUGAUGAGUGAGGACAUUGAAGGGCAACAAAACGCGGAGGACGAUGAGGAUUUUGAUAUUUCUGUUUGGAAGGACAAGCAGCAACUCUCUGCCCAGAACGCCAGUUCUACUUCCGCGACGACAUCACUACAGAACUUUGAGUUUCACCCGGCCCAGGAGCGCAAGCCCAACCCAUUUUCAACAACACCUACAGCUGCGAGUGCGUCCGCAACGGCAUUUGGUUCACAUCAGCAGGCCGGCCAGGUCUAUAAUUACGACUACCAGAACCAGGCUCAGACAAACGGCACACCUGCACACUUUCACUUCCCCUCCUGGGAAGCGUAUUACCUGCUGUUUGAGGCUUGCAACCGCAAACCCUACGACCAAGAGCACGUUGCCAAGACUCUGAUCGACUUUUCUUACGCCGACGGCUGGGCAGCGUACGGGUUCGCGGUUUGCUGCUGCAGCUUUGCUACGAAAAAUUGUGCUAUUGUAAAUGGUGCCACAGCUACGACUUUGCCCGACGGUGCAACUAAGAGAAAUUUUUCGCCCCCACCGAACAAGACACUCCAGGAGAUGCGGAAGCGGCUUGAGAAUCUGAACGCGCACAUCAAUCGCGAGUGCAUCGAGAACGUGGCGCCGUCAAACCUGAAACUGGCGGAGAGGCUGAUUGACCACUUUACCAAGUCUGUGGACGAGGUUUUCCUCGCUGCCCGACAGUCCAUCUUUAAGUUCGGGAUCAAAGACGAGGCCGACAAGCAGAGGCAGAUGCUCGCUCUGGACUCGGAGGCCGCCGCCCUCGACCGUGUCGUGCGGGAUCUGAAAAUUGCGUUGGUUCAGUCGCAGCCCGAGCCGACCAUGGACCUCGUCCGCCGGUUCGACUUGAAGGAAGCGGAGAUCGGGACGCUCUUUCACAAACAGGAACUCAACGGAAUGCGGUACUACUUAAAGCAGCUGAAUUUGAAAGAGUAUUGGGAGCACGUCUUGAGCUUCACGCUGCUCGAUCCCCGGCGGCCGUUUGACCACCGCAUUUCCUUUCACAACGAGGUGGUCCGGCUUGCCAAGCAGAUGGGCAACGGCCCGAAUUCAUUUGUCAAAAAUUUGGAGGACUCGCGCACCGAAUUUUUACAUCUGCUACAAGAAAACGCGCGGAGGGGUGCUGCGGCAGUCACGGAUUUGGGGACGACAUUCUUCCCAGGCGGAGCAGGUACAACAUCCGCUUCUACAAACGGAGCUGCACUAGUAGAGCAAGACGAGCACUACAGCAGCAUCACGAUGGCGGACCUGCGAGUCAGAUUGAACGCGCGAGCUGCAGCUGUGGCCGCGGGGAAGAAUCAGAAUUCCGCGCCGACAACAUUUGUUCACGAGUAUGCGAAGCAACUCGACUCAGCGCAAUAUCUGACCGCGAAGGAGGAUUUCCAGUACUCGUUGCACGUGAAGACCAUCGAGGAGGUUGAUUGCAGCAUUUUUGAGGAGGAGAAGAUUGUUGGGUUCGACACAGAGUGGCGGCCCGAGUUUCGCAAGGGCGGCCAGGGCGCGGCUGCGAUUUUGCAGUUGGCGUUUCCGAAGCGAAAAGAGUGCUGGGUCGUGGACUUGUGCUGCCACCGAGGUAAGCUGGUUUCGGGCGUCAGGACUACGCCUACAACUGAAGGAGCAGGGGGACCAGCAGCAGCUGCAGGAGUGGCCGUGGACGUGCGGCGUGAUUUUCUGGAAAAGCGGGACCGGUUUCUGGAUUUUUUAUUCAACGCUUGCCACGCGCCACGGAGCGCCGAGGAGUUGCAGAGCCUCGGAGACGCCGAUCCGACGGUGAAAUUGGUGGGCUUCGGCCUGAAGAACGAUUUGGAGGCGUUGCAGGUCCGCCUGCAGCUGGACGACAGGCUCCCGCCGAAGAGUAGUUUACGGGACGGAAUAUUAAUCUUACCGCCAGAUGCUGCGCGAGUUGCUCCUGAGCGCGGACAACGGGAACAAGAGACGGAGGCGGUGCCUGCGGAUCACGACCCGGCGGUUUUUGCAAGCGAAAUGAACCACCUCGAUAGCAGAACUACAACCAGAGCGAAGGCCCCCGCCGGCGCUUCUGAGUCUUCGGAGGUGGUAAGUGGUAAAAAGAGUGGCAAGCGCAAGUCAUCAUCCGCCACAACCGCGGGAAGCACGAACCCCGGUGAAACUAGAACAAGUGGAGGAUUACGCCACCUGUCCUCUUCUACACCCGGCGCACUACCGAAGUCGACCGCUUUUCAGCACGGGCACAAGUUUAUUGACAUUCUGGAUUCCAUCCCGAAGGACGAGAAGGGCAAGCGGGGGAGUUAUUGAGAGGAAAAAUCCCCCCUCCCCAUAUCAAAAAGUGAUACUUCUGAAGAUUUGUGAUGCUGGUUUGUGGCCACAAAUCGUCUCUGUAUUGCAAGAAGGCCAAUCCAGAGACUCCGCCGCAUUAUGCAGACGGUUUGUGAUGCUAUGGGGCCUACAAAGUACAUAUUUGCUAUGCUACGGGCCUACGUCAAAACCCUUCUACCUAAGCUUGGUAUGGGCCUGCAGUCCUCUACUGCAAGACAGACCUGAUUUGUGUGCGCAAAUCUGGCAUCAGAAACUUCCUUUUGAUAUUGGGAGGGGGGAUUUUUCCUUUUGAUAGGAGUUUGGCCGACUUGGCGAAAACGGUCUACGGCAAGCCGUUGUCCAAGGAGAUUACAAUGCUGAACUGGGAAGUGCGACCCAUGGAAGAUAUUUGGAUAGAGUAUGCGGCCCUUGAUGCCAUCGUGCCAGUGGAAUAUUACUUGCAGAGGCUAGGAGAGGCGAAGAAGUAAGCUUGUGUUGGUGGAAAAAUCACGCCGGCGGGAUGUGGAUCGUAGAACUUCUUCAUAGCCUGUUGAUGAAGUCGUGACAAAGUGUUAUUUCCUCCAUGCAGAAUGAUUCGCACAGAGAUGCUUGCUUUACUGCGUUUUUUUCAUGAAAUCUAUCCCUCGCGGCAGUGAG